AUGAAGUACCUCUACCUGCUCGCCGCCGCCUUUCUGCCGCUGUCGCACGCCCUCACCUACCCGAGGCUCGACUGGAACCUGGGCGGCAUCCUCGGCCACUGGACCGUCCGUUUCGACGGCGUCCAUGCGCAUCUGUGCACCAACGGCCUGGUGUGGAACAUUGUCGACAACAAUACGGGCAAGAACCAGGCCGUCAAGUGCACCGGCCUCCCCAACGCGGUGUGCAGCUGGAUCGACGAGGAGCGCUGUAACGUCAACAUCGAGCCGGACUGCGACUUCAACACGAUCCCCAGGCGCGCCUGCGAGGUCUUUGUGAUGGACUGGCCCGUCUACAAGUUCCACUUCGUGCCUCUCCUGCGCCAGACGGGCAAGUCGCUGUCGAUCCAGUCGCCCCACGAUCACAAGUUCUACAACCAUCCGAUGGGACCUUGGAUCCCAGAGUACAGCAGCUAG